AAUUAUAUUUAGAAUAGAAAAAAUAGAAGUGAAACAUGAAAUUGAGGAUGAGCUGAAGCAGUGAAGAAGGAAAGAGAAUUGUGAAUGUGAAUGUGAAUGGGGAAUCAGAAGCAGAAGUGGACGCAAGACGAAGAAGACGCGCUCAUCGCCGGAGUUGAAAAGCACGGUCCCGGAAAGUGGAAGAACAUUCUCAAAGAUCCCCAAUUCGCCCCUUUUCUCACUUCUCGUUCCAACAUCGACCUCAAGGACAAAUGGCGGAAUUUGAGCGUCAGUAACGGUUCUCAAGGCUCCAAAGACAAACCUAGGGUUCCCAAGCUCAAGGCUCUUCCUCCUCCUCCACCUCCUACUUCUGCCACCUCCUCCACCACCACCACCGCUCCUCAAAACGCCCCUCCUGCUCCUCUAAACGUACAGGCUGAGGUCGCUGCCCUUGAUUCUUCUCUGAAUGACCAAGAUGUCAAAAACCCCCCGAGGUAUAAUGCAAUGGUUUUUGAAGCUCUAUCAGCACUAAAAGAUAAUAAUGGAUCUGAUCUAAAUGCCAUUGUUAGUUUCAUCGAGCAAAAACAUGAGGUUCCUCAAAAUUUUAGAAGGGCACUAAGUACAAGGUUGAGGAGGCUUGUUAGUCAAGGGAAACUUGAAAAGGUACAAAAUUGUUACAAAAUAAAAAAGGAUGUCUCCUCCGGGGCAAAAUCACCUCCACCGAAACCAAAGGAUGUCCGGCCACUGCAGCUACAACCACAACCAGAACGACAAUCCCCAGCUUCUGUCAUUACGGCAUCUAAUGAGACAAUAAAGGAAGCUGCGGAUACUGCAGCCUACAGAGUUGCUGAUGCUGAAAGUAAAUCAUAUCUGGCUGCGGAAGCCGUAAAGGAGGCAGAAAAAAUAUCAUUGUUGGUUGAACAUAGUGAUUCAAUGUUGCAGCUAGCAAAGGACAUAUAUGAACAAUGUUCCCGUGGUGAAAUCAUCCUCUUGGCUUAAAAUGGUAAACGAAAUAGGUCUAUGAAUAGAUUCAUCUUGAUGUUGAUUUCUAAAUGUAAAAUUUUGUUUAUUCACUGAGAUAGAAUAUUAACAUUUUUUUGGGUGUAUUGUAUCAGAUUCAUUUAACAAUUUUUAUUCUUAAAAUUUGUAUGGAAAGUGAUAUUUAUAGGCAGGCCGUGCAUAUUUUCUAUUCUCUAGAAGUAUUAUAGGUCCACCAAAUCUGCCCGGAUUUGAAGCCGAAGUGUAUACAAUACAACACUCAUUUAUGUUCUUUUGGCGUUGUAAUAUAAAUCAUUCUUGUGUCUUGA